AAAAAAAAAGGAGUGAUGGGAUUCAGACUAACCCUCUUCGGUGUAAACCUGCUGCACAAAGGUGCGGAUUUCAAGCCACUUCGCUUUUAUUUUAGAGGAAGCCCCCCUUGGACACGGCGGUGGGAAUGGGUCUCAGUGCAGCCCCAGGGGCCCCGACCCUCCUCGCGAGCAAGCCCCGUUGCAGGCAGCCGCGGACUCCCAAGUAAGCCCGCUGCCCUUCCCUUGGGAGUGAGCCCCAACUUGGGCCGGGUUGCCUUGUCUGGCUGGCAGGGCUGCGCUGCUUCUCGGCCAGGCGGGAAGCGGGAGGCGGCGGCGGCCUUUGCGCGCAGGGCGCACCUCGCCGAGAGCGGCGGCAUCGGAGUGACUCCGGCUCAAGCCCAGCAGGCAGGGCUGGGCUUGGGGAGUGCGGUUCCGGGUCGGCAGGGCGGCAAGAUGGCGGCGCCCAUGGAGCUGUACUGCUGGGCCGGGGGCUGGGGGUUGCCCUCGGUGGACCCCGACUGCCUGGCCGUCUUGACUUAUGCCCGUUUCACAGGAGCACCCCUCAAGGUUCACAAAAUUACAAAUCCUUGGCGAAGCCCCUCAGGAACCCUCCCAGCGCUGAAGUCGAAGGAUGAAGGCGUCAUCUCCGACCCGCAGCAGAUUAUUACCCACCUCAGGAAACAGAAAUACAACGCAGACUACGACCUCUCUGCCCGGCAAGGAGCUGACACGCUCGCCUUUGGGUCUUUGCUGCAGGAGAAACUGCUGCCGGUGCUGAUCCAUACGUUCUGGGUGGACGCCAAGAAUUACGUGGACCACACGCGGAAGUGGUACGCCGAAGCCAUUCCCUUCCCACUGAACUUCUUCCUGCCCGGCCGCAUGCAGAAACGCCAGCUGGAACGGCUACAGAUGGUCUGCGGGGAAGCCUGCCUGGAGAACGAGGAGGAGUUGGAGAAGGAGCUGUACCGUGAAGCCCGCGAGUGUCUGACCCUCCUCUCUCAACGCCUCGGUGGACAGAAGUUCUUUUUUGGAGACGCGCCGGCUUCCCUGGACGCGGUUGUCUUCAGCCAUCUGGCCCCGCUGCUGAAGGCCAAGCUGCCCAACGGGAAGUUUCAACAGCACCUCAGAUCCUUGCAGAACCUCUGCGACUACUGCACGGGCAUCUUAAGUCUCUACUUCCCCUGGGACGAAGCAGGUGACCCCCCACUCACCGUUCCCAAAGCGGCUACAGGCGAUGCGAGCGAUGCUGACGAAGAUCCCUACAAGCGUCGGAACCAGGUCCUCUCUGUCCUGGUGGGCCUGCUGGCCAUGAUCGGAUACGCCUUCCUCAGCGGCAUCGUCUCCAUCCAGAAGCAAGCGCCCGGCCACCCGGGGCCCCGUGCCAUCGCCCUUGAUGAGGAGGAGGAGGAGGAGGAAGAGUGACCCGCCGGAGUCUGCCGUCCUUGAACAGACUGGUCUUUUGUAUCACGCCGGACCCGGUGCGCCCUCCCCCUCAGACUCUCUUUCCUCUUGUCCAUUCCAGAAUUGGGGGACAGUGGGGUCCAGCCAGGGCCUGCCAAGGCCAAUAAAACCUGUCUGAACCUUUC